AUGGCGUGGAAAUUCGGGAAUGAUUGUCCGCUUUGGUUGAGAACACUAGUUAUUUUUAAAGCAAUAUUCUUAUUCAUAAAAUCUUCGAAAAUAAAAAGUCCAAAAUAUCCUGCCGAUAGCAUAGAUAGGUAUAGGGAUAUAACGUUGGUUUGCCACCUUUCACAUUUUAAAGUGGACGGAAAUUCAAUGGAUUCCUCUCAAACUUGUCUCAUGGAGGAACGUCAAUCUCCUAACGCUGUUGAUGUUAUUGACUCUGAAGAAAUUCCUGAUUAUUUCGUCUGUUGCAUUUGUUUGGAUCUUCUUUACAAACCAAUCGUUCUGCAUUGUGGUCAUAUAUCAUGUUUUUGGUGCGUUCAUAGAUCAAUGAGUUCUCGAUGCGAGUCUCGUUGUCCAAUUUGUAGAAACCCAUAUUCUCACUUUGCAGGCAUUUGUCAAAUGCUUCACUUCUUGCUGUUAAAGUUAUAUCCCAUUGCAUAUAAGAAAAGGGAAGACCAAAUUCUAGAGGAGGAAAAGAGAGAUGGCUACUUCUCACCGGAAUUCAAUGGUCAUGCAUGUGAAUCACAGGCUGAUGGAGAUCUUAAUCAGACAAAACUUGUGGCCGGGGAAGAGAAGGUUCAGGUUUCGGAUUUGCUUUGUACUGCAUGCAAGCAAUUGCUUUUUCAUCCUAUUGUUCUUAACUGUGGCCAUGUUUAUUGUCAAACUUGCAUCAUCAUCCCGGCUGAUGAGAUGCUUAGAUGUCAAGUUUGUCCAUGUUUGCAUCCAAAGGGCUUUCCAAAAGUCUGCUUGACGCUUGAUCAGUUUUUGGGGGCUAAAUUUCCCAAAGAAUAUGCAUCAAGAAGGAAUGCUGUUCAUCUCAAACAAGUUUCUUCCAAGCAUGAGAGAGCAACCACCUGUUCCAUGGAAGCUGGUAAAAAAAAUUUCUCACCUGUCCAGUUGCUACCUUUCUCAAUGCAGCCUAGCGCAUAUAUACAUAUUGGAGUUGGUUGUGAUGCUUGUGGGAUGUCUCCGAUAGUUGGAGAUAGAUACAAAUGCAAGGAUUGUACAGAGAAAAUAGGAUUUGACCUUUGUGGAGAUUGCUAUAAUACUCGACCUAAGCUUCCAGGCAGGUUCAAUCAGAGACACACUCCAGAGCACAAGUUUGAGCUUAUAAAGCAUAACCUUUCCGGAAGGUUGCGGCUGAUGACUGAACACCUAGAGAACGGUUCUACUUCUUUUCUCAUCUUUGAUGAUGCUUCGGAAAAUUUGGAAAACGGACCAUUGCCUCGUGCUUUAUUUGGCGAUUCUCAGGAUAACAUGGAGGACGAAGAUGAUGCCCUAUCCACCGACUGAAUACAGAAGCCAAAAAAAAUCCAUGCAGUAAUUUUCUAGUGAUGCCAACUGGUGGAUCACUUAUGGAUCAUGGUUUAUUAAUUAGUACUGUAAAUAGGGGCAGCAAAAGGCAAGUUACUGUUUUAAUCCCCGGUACACUGCAGUCGAAUUUCAUAUAUUUCAUACAAAUUCUAUGGAGUUUUUUAUUAUUAUUAUUAUUAUUAUUAUGCAUGUUUAUACAUAUCUUUGGCCUUUUUCAUUCAUUCCAAAUUGAAGCUGCUCCUUGGUAUGUGAUAGCACAACCACCUGGUUUGUCCGAAGCUGCGGUUUUUUUGUGAUCGAGUGAACUGAACUAUUCUUUUUUUUUUUUUUCAUGGCUCUUUGCAUUAGUUUGUGGUGCUAUGUGCAUGUCAACCAACAUGUAUUAUCUGCUGGGUCCUGUAUGUCAAAAUGUGAGCCGUCAUGAUCGGUGGCUAGUUGAGAUUUGGGGCAUUGGAUGAUAAGUGCAGCCGUUUGUUUAUUUCUGGUGGACAUUGUCUAUACUCUAUACGUAUAAUUAUCUUUUUACAUUUGUGAUUGGAAUAUGUGAUUGCGAUGUUUGUAGAUUUGCGAAGAUGGGUGAAAGAAGAAUGUGCGGUAUCAAACAGAAUUUCCUAUUUGGAAAAUGUGUUCCU